UUUGCCUUUGGGGUAUUGAUAACUUGAUACGAUGUUUAUAUUCUUGUCAAAGAUAUCGUUAUUGUAGAUAUAGUUUUUUUGUUAGUGUUAAACAGUAGUUAAUUUUUAACUAAAAUGUCCCAGUUAAGAAAUUCAAAUUCGGUCGGCGCUGAAAAAACCAGUAUACACGACAUGUUAAAAGAUACCCCCGCACACGAAAGCAAAAACAACAGUUUACCUUCGAAUUCUUCCGGCACGAUGUACUCGCGUUCAGUACCGACGGGGUUAUCUACAAGCUCACCUGCCAUAUUAACACCAUCAUCUCCUACUCAAAACGAUGAUUCAACUUUACUCAAAACAUCGUCUAGAAUUGAGAAUAUUAAAAACUGGUCUAUAUCUACUUAUAAAUGUACCAAACAGCUCAUGUUUGAGAAGUUAGGGAAAACUUCAAGGACCCAUGAUACAGAAUUGGAAACUCAGAUAGACCAGUUAAGGGAAACUCAGAAGAAGUACAUUAAUAUAUUACGAUUAGCUAGAGCACUUACUAGUCAUUUUUACCAUGUUGUCCAAACACAGCACGCAUUAGGAGAGGCGUUUUCGGACCUUGCUCAAAAGUCCCCUGAACUUCAAGAGGAGUUUUUGUACAAUUCUGAAACACAACGAAACUUGACUAAAAAUGGCGAAACUUUAUUAGGAGCAUUAAAUUUUUUUAUAUCGUCGGUGAACACCUUAUGUCACAAGACUAUUGAAGACACCUUACAAAGUAUUAGACAAUAUGAAGCGGCUCGGAUCGAAUAUGAUGCCUACAGGACCGAUUUGGAGUCGCUCUCGACAAAACCCGAGGGCACUAUAGGUUUGGAAGAGGCUCAACAGGGAUACGAGCUGCACAGACAACAAUUUAUGAAGCUAAGAGCAGAAGUUACCAUUAAAAUGAAGUUCUUGGACGAGAAUAGAAUAAAAGUUAUGCAUAAACAGCUGCUUUUAUUUCACAACGCCAUUUCCGCAUACUUCUCCGGAAAUCAACAAGCGUUGGAAGCGACAUUGAAACAGUUUAACAUCAAAAUUAAGGCACCAAAUUCAACAUUCCCGUCAUGGUUGGAGCAAUAGUUCCGACCGAACGAAAAAACUCAUCAUCAUUUCCAUGAAUCGAAGGAAGCUUCUAGAUUCACAAAGCUACGUUUUAAACAAUUUGGCUGUUAAAUGUAAUGAAUAUUAAAUUGCCAAGUAGAGGUGCGUAACUAAACGGACUGGCAUUUAUAGGUUAUGUGUGGUUAUUUCCAAUAAUUUAUUAAUCCCCCUCAAAAUUGUUUGGUUAUUUCAUUUAAUAAGUGUAUUUAUUGCAGGGAAAAAAUUCGUGUCCGUAUGAAAGGUUUAUAUGUGUAAGGCUCUUUGCCCUGGUACUAAUUUCUGUGAUCAUUCAUUAAAAUGUGAGGCGUUUGAUGUAGGUCAUUAGUCAUGUAGUCCAAAAUCGUACCAUGAGGUUUGUGAGUCUAGGGAGUGGAAAAAUCUAGUCAAACAAUAUAUUUUAAUAUAUUAUUUCUAAACGAUAUUAUAAACAUUUUUAAUUUAAUUAGAAUUAAAUCUUAUUUUUUUUCUCGUACUGUCUGAAAUAAUUGCGGCUUUAAUUCUUAACUCCGAUACAACAUAUCCGCUAUUCACCUUAAAUGCGCGUAUAAUUAAUUUUAUUGAGGAAGUAUUAAACAUAUUAAACAAAAACAUCAUACCUGUUUCAUAUUAACAUUUUUGUUUUUUAUUGGACUUGAGCGAAUACGGUUUGAAUCAAUAUAUUAUUUAUUUCACGUUUGGUUUCAUUAAAAAACCCAUCAGCAUCGAAUAUUUUAUUUAACAUAGUAAAACAUCAAUUACAGUUUUGCUAGUUAGGUACACGUCUUCAAAAGUACUCUCCUACUCGAAAAAACGAAAAACGAUCCCUAAAUAGAAAUAGUUAUAUAUCUAUACGUGUAUAUCAUAUCAGAAAAUCGUUAUUUCCAAAUAAAUCUAGGAAAAGGCCUUUAACGCACAGUUUCUAAAAAACAAAAGUUUUGGGUGGUCGGCUGGCUCAAAUUUUGGACCCGAAAUAUUAACGUCAAACUUUCUUUAUCUUCAAAAGUAUAAACAAAGGUGAUGAGUAAUUCCCCCUUUGACAUAGAUGCAGGUAAGAGUCAGCUACAGGUAUAUUGGCGGCCAUCUAGGCAACUAUUAAAAAAAAACAUCUUCAAUAAAUAUUUUAAACACAGUAAAACUUCUGCCUCGGGAAGUAUAAAUUAAGUUCACAAACGGUCCUCAGAAACCAAACCACGAACAUUUUAAAUCUUUAUUAGAAACAAUAUGGAAGAAAAAUAAAGACAUGGGUAUAAUAUUUUGUAUACUUAUUAUUUAUAAACGAAAAUAUAAAAUAUCAACAUAUUAUGUCAAUUUUUCAUUUUCUUUCUCACUUCAGUUCCCUGCGAAACGACCGGAAUAGCGUAAUUACAAAAUCGAACAAAUACAGACAAAAAUAAUGGGAGAAAAAAAUGAUUUGCUAGAAAGAAAUAAUAUAAAUAACUCCCGACCCGGGGGGAAUUACCCUUUUCCAUCUCAAUCUCCUCGACUGCGACUGAAAAAAGACGUAUUGACAACUGCUUACAGAUAAAAUGUAAAUAAAAAUGUAAUCGAGAAUCCUGCCUAAUUAAGACGUUAGUCCUAAAGUCAUUCUUAAUACGAGACUUAACUAGAACAGACAUUUGAAACAGUUACCACAAUAAGGCUGAAUAAUUUUUGCAAAAGGCACAUUUAUUAAAUAUUUUAGAGUAUUUGCUAUGCACCUAUUCGACUCAGUUAUUAGGAAGAAAUAACGAUGAACAAUGAAUGAACCUACGUAUGAGGAAAAAAAGGUCUAAGUACAUCUUGAAUAAUUUUGCACCCCAAUUCAUUUAAAUUAAUAAGGUGGGGAAAUUUAAGAUCAACAAAUUGUAGACACAUACAGAGUGACACCACAGUUGCUCAAAAUAUGGCACAAUAAAUUAACCAACUUUAUACCCAGGAUUUUAGUAAUUUACCAUGUCGAUGGCCGAAAAUUAUAACAAUUCCUGAGAUAAAUAUUAUAUGAUGGCGGGGUCACUCCGUUUAAAAAAUCCCUUACACACUAAAUUUAUCAUUAGUAUCACACUGAUAAUAUACUGAAGCAAAUCAUUAGCGUAUUCACGUUUACUAUAUUAUUAGUUUAGAAUUGUUGUUUACAUUGAGAGACAGUCAUAUAUAUAGCGAUUUCGCGGUGUACGCAGACGUGUAAAAAGUGCAAUACAAAAUAUAUUAUUAAAGAUCUAUUUCCGUCAUUUAUUUGAGAGGGAGCUGUCAUAUUUUUUUUAACUGCCUUUCUUAGCUUUCAAAUUCAAAUACACCUGAAAGCAUUUUAGCAGUCUUCUCGGAAAAUACACAGUACCCAGUAUAUAUCGCUUAGAAUUAGCUUUGGAUUCAGCAGCGUCAUAAGAGAUGGCAGAAGUUUUGACACAUACUCUUUCACAGUCGAGUAUAUAUUUUAUCUUCAUCAUAAUUAGGAUAAACAAUUAUAAAUAUUAAUUAAUUUAAUUUGUAGAUGCUCAAAAUUUACAAUAUCUCACCAUCAGAAUGUAUUGAUCGAUUUUAAAAAAUGAAACGCUGCGCCAAAAUCGGUGUAAUGUUAUGUAGGGUUCUUCAAAAUUCAAAACAAAGAUCUUAAAGGCGUAUUCAUCAGCCAAAAAUAAUAAAAUAAUAAUUUCAUUAUUAAUUAAUUAAAUAAAUAAUUUCAUUUUAAUGAAAAUCAUUUUUAAAGUUUUUGAGUAAUUGAAGAAAAAAUCGUUUUUUCGGACAGAUUUUUAUUUUUGUGUUAACGACAAAGCUAGACACAGAGAAAACUGAAAGAACAAAAAAGUAACAUUUUUGAUUGUUCAAUAUAAAAAAAAUAUUAAUAUUUCAAAAUUUAGUCCGGUAAUGAAUGUAAUGCAACUAAAACUCAUCAUGAAGAUAAAUAAGCGUACCAAGUUUUUGUCAAAAUGAGCCGAAUAAGCGUAAUUUAUUAAAAAAAAUCCUUUAAAUCCUAGAAAGUUCCUAUUCUUAUAUGAAAAAACAGACUUACUCUUAGCUGAUAAAUACGACCUUGAAGUGUAAGGUCUGAAACAG